AUGGUGCAACCCAGCCUUCAGUAUAAUCAGUUCACAAUUACACAACAAAAUUCCCUUCCAGCUGUCUACGAACCAGAGGAAACCGGGCCGGAGGAACCGGCAGUAUGUUUUGUCCCUCUCGGCUCGGGCGAGUUCGAGGGAGACGCACUCGAGCAGUCGAUGCUGUUACUUGGAGAUGGCUUGGCUAGUGGGGCAGCGUUGAAACAGUAUGAGACGUUACUAAGGAGGCUGCCUGACGAACCGUCCAACGUGUCCAAACUGCCGCACAAUUUGAACAAGAACCGGUAUAGGGAUAUAGCGCCAUAUGAUUCUACUAGAGUGAUAUUGAAGAACGGACCAACUGGUGACUAUAUCAACGCUUCGUACAUCAACAUGGAAAUACCUAACUCUGAUCUCGUAUUAACGUAUAUUGCAACACAAGGUCCUCUCGCAUCAACAGUAGGUGACUUCUGGCAGAUGGUAUGGGAGAGUGAAAGCAGCCUCAUAGUCAUGUUGACGGUCCUAGCCGAGCGAGGUCGGGCCAAAUGUCACCAAUAUUGGCCCAAACUUGCCUCCACACCGAUGAAAGCCACGAAUAGCUUGACGGUUACCACUACUAGCGAGCAGAAUAGAGGACAUUAUACUCAAAGGGAAAUGUGUCUUAAGGACAACAACGGUGCGUCCCGCAUCGUGACGCAGCUCCAAUAUACCGCGUGGCCCGACCAUGGGGUUCCUGACGACUCCGCCGCCUUCAUACAGUUCACGCAGCUAUGCUCUGAACUUAGAAACCAUAGAGCUGUAAUACCAACAGUAGUCCAAGAGCCAGACGCCGAAGAGGAACGCCUACUGGACCCGCCGCUCAUAGUGCACUGCUCAGCCGGCGUCGGCCGCACCGGCGCGCUCAUACUGGCCGAGACCGCGCUCGAGCUGCUGUCUCGGAGGCAGCCGCUGUAUCCGCUGGAUCUAGUGCGCGCCAUGAGGACGCAGCGCCCCAUGUGCAUACAGAACGCGAACCAAUACAAGUUUGUAUGCGAGAGCAUCCAAGCUGCGUACGCGCAAGGCCUUUCGAGCGCGGCGUCCGACUGAUAGCAUCUAAUCCCGCGGUGCAGCGCCGUCGAACUGUUAGUAUAGUCACAAGAACUUUGCUAGUGUUAAGUGUGCGCGAUUUUGACUCUUAUUGUCACAGUCAUAGAAGUCAGAAAGAUGUGCUGCGACUGCGAGACUGACCUUUAUAGCAGCACUGGAAAGAACGUAGUAGUAGAGAAAUAAGCCGCGCGAUUUUGACUCGUAUAUCAACUGACCCCACGGUGCAGUACCGUCGAACUGUUAGUAUAGUCACAAGAACUUUGCUAGUGUUAAGUUUGCGCGAUUUUGACUCCUAUUGUCACAGUCAUAGAAGUUAGAAAGAUGUGCUGCGACUGCGAGACUGACCUUUAUAGCAGCAAUGGAAAGAACGUAGUAGUAGUGAAAUAAGCCGCGCGAUUUUGACUCGUAUAUCAACUGACCACACAGUGCAGUACCGUCGAACUGUUAGUACAGUCACAAGAACUUUGCUAGUGUUAAGUUUGCGCGAUUUUGACUCCUAUUGUCACAGUCAUAGAAGUUAGAAAGAUGUGCUGCGACUGCGAGACUGACCUUUAUAGCAGCACUGGAAAGGACUUAAGAAUAAAUAAGCCGCGCGAUUUUGACUGUCAUCAUCUGAUUCCGCGGUGCAGUACCGCUGAACUAUUUAUAGUCACAAGAAAGAACUAUAGUAUUGAUAAGUUUGCCGCGGGAUUUUGAUCCCUAUUUGUCACAUUAGAAAGAGUCAUAGUGGUGAAAAAGGUUUGCUGCAAAACUUUUGCCUAUAUUGAAGGACUGGAAAGGACUAAUUAGUGACAAGUUUGAAGUGCGACUUUGACUCGUAUUGACACAUUGGAAAUAGUCAUAGAAGUAAAGAAGGUUUCCUGCAAGACUUUGACCCUUAUUGCAACACUGGCAAGAACUAUAGUAAUUGCGUUUUGACACAUUGUCACAUAGCUCUUUCAGCAAUGGGCGCGUUUAUGUAUUUUAUUUAAUGUGAUGUCUUCAUUAUACAUAAUUUAUGUAAGUUUAUCUGUUAUUUAGUCGUGUAGUAGCGGCUAGAUGGUUGGUUUGAUAAUUGGAACAAUGUAAUGUAUUAUUUAUUGUUUUUUAUUUGUAGUUUAUUUAUCAUAUUGGUCAUUUGUGUUCCGCAAACUUCUACUAACAUACUGUUGUAGAAGUUUUUAAAUUGAUGUUCUAAAACUAUUUGCAACUGCCUAUGUUUGAAUGAGAGUUGCGAUAAUUUAACAGGUAGAUAACUAUCCUAGUCGUCUUUGGACGUUGCCUCCGCCUUGUAAACAUUUUCUAUCCCUUUUCUUCACCUUUUCAAUUUAGAUGUUAGUUUAACUAAACGUUUUAAGUACUUUUCUUAAUAGAGUAAAAGAUCUAAGACGAUCUUUUACCUGGUUUCUAUAAUAAAAGGCAUUUUAGAGCCUUAAUGAUUGAUGCGAUGAACAUAAAUAAGAAAUAUAAUUAUUAUUUUACGUUUGCAUGAAAACGUCUACCUAAUACUGAGAUGCUACGUCACAACCUAUUUAUUAAUCAUUAUAUCAUCACAUUUCGCAUAAUAAAAGGUGCAUAACGUCUGAUUUGGUAGUUAAAAGUAACGAUAGGUUCUAUUAAUAUUCACUUUGCCACGUGACUUUACUUCAGACUAUUUUAUGUUGACAGCACGUCUACCUGUCUUAGUCUUCAAAUCCAUUGGAUUUUAAAUUUUAUAUCUUCAGUAUUAAGGUUCAAAGUUUGCUGUCGACUGUAAAAUUACGUAAGUUUAGGCGUGGACUAUACAGGCCACGCCCCGAGUCACGUGACAAUGUAAAUAAACAAUACAGGGUGAUGAUUUCAAUGAAUGCUUGAAUGUUAGAAUUUUAAAUUAGUUUUUUUUCUCGCUCCUAUGGAUACUUGGCAAACAUUGAAAUCAAAAUCUAGUGAAGUCGAUAAAAUAUAAUAAUUAAAAUUCAAAUCUGUCGCAACUCUAUGUGUGACGUAUUAACGAAUUGCAUUAGUUUAAUAUAAACUAAAACUUAAUAAAAAAUCGAGACCAAUUUGACCAAAAAGACUUGAAUAGAUAAGAAAUUUGGUUCUCAACGAUGUUAUUGGGUGUAAAAAUUAUUGUAAGUGGUUUGGUAAGGGGUGCUAUACACCUAAGCGGGUCUUUAUUUGCACUAGGUGGUAAUGUAGAUGAAUGUUCGCGAAAUAAGUGUAAUAAUAGAAUGCGAUAUAAAGUACACUUUGUCGUUUAAUAUCGAAUGUGCCCGACUCCUGAUCCCUUUGUAGUGCAAAUGUUAAAAAUCAUUGCUUUUCGACCUUAUGAUAACCGAAGGUUCAAAUUAUGGUGGCAAUGUAUUCUCAAAUGCUUACGUGUCUACCGCCCCUUAGAUGGUUAUGAUGGAAAUUCGAGCAUUUCAACGAUUUAGAAUAACGUUUGGGUUUUAUUUGAUAUCAGUAGAAAACUAAUUCUCGAAUAAAUAAUUGAUUAUCGACCCCAAAUAACAUAUCAUGAUUAAGGAAUAAGAUUCUUUUAUUUCGUUCAUAUUAAUUUAUUUUAGAUAUAGUUUUUUUCUAACGCUUUUACACUGUGAUUGUUGUUGAUUUCAAAAUAAUUAUAGUACCUGGUGAAAAAUAAUAUGCGUAUUUGUACAGAAAGAGAUAAUUUUGAAAAUUACACUGUGGACUGCCAAUGGCAGAACUACAGACUGUCAAUUAUUUUAGUCAUAUCUCUUGAUUAACUAAAUUUCAUAUUAUCUUUUGCCAGGUACUAAUCGUAGAUAUCUAGUAGGUGAAUCUUGCCUUUCAACGAAUUUAACAUUUCCUAAUUUUAAACAGAUUAUAAGUGAUUUGUAUUAAUUUAUUUUCGUAUUUAUAUACACAGUUUUUAUUGCUUCUUUUCUGUGCCAUUUACGAAGAGUUGUAUAUCUAGUUCUAAGGAUACAGAUAAUCAUGAAUAAUUUAUCUUCAAUAUUUCUGUUUAAACAUUAAACCUUUUUCCUCCAAGGGUUUGUAUACGUAAUUUAAAAGCAAUGUAAAUAAUUGUAACGAAUGAUUUGUAUAUUAAUGAUUGGAUUGAACUAACUUUAUAAUCAAUGUUUCUUAAGUUACGUGAAAUUAAUAUAAUAAUAAUGCAUACGUAAUAAUUAUGUACAAAUUACGUGCAUUUACGAGUAGUACAUAUCGAGCGUACGAUUUUCCAAAGCGAUUGAUAUCGAUUAAUGUCAACAAUCGAGUACAUGCCGAUUAUUUUCGACUAGAUCUAUAUUUGACUGUGUAGGAAUGAUCGACAUAGUUCAAUUAUCUGACUAAAGUGUUCGAAGUAGAUUUAUAGAGGUAUAUUUUCUACCUUGUGAUGUGUGAUUGUGGUAUGCGUUAUGUGGAAAAAUAAAUAUUUUAUUGAAUG